AUGGUCCGCCCUGCCGAAUUGGAGGUGCACAACUGUAUUGUUCACCGAGGAACAUUCACCCUCGUGUGUUCCACUAAAGUCGUCACGGCGGCGUUGGCUCACGAUGGAGUCACCAUGAUCAACGGGGUCUUCUCUCGACAGUAA